CUUGCUUCCUCUCCUCCGGGUGCUCGCUGACCGUAUCAGGGCGGCGGGGAUGCUGCAGCUCUGUCCUGUCAGUCUGAGUGACCAUCCGCAGGUUUCUCUUCGGUUCUGUCGGGCUUAGCGUCCUCAUUCUGUUCAGUGGACCCGGCCUCGGAGAAGUUGUUUCUGUUUUGACGCAGAUGAGCGGAGCGGCAUUCCCAUCUCCCACAGCUGAGAUGGCGGAGAUGAACCGGAUCCACUAUGAGCUUGAGUACACAGAGGGCAUCAGCCAGCGCAUGCGCAUCCCUGAGAUGCUGAAGGUGGCACCGUUUGGAGGGGAGGAGCAGGACGCCACGGCACAGGAGGCGCUACACACCGCCAUGAUGCAGGUUCCAGACAGGAUUGUAGUGGCAGGUGAUGUUGAGGACAACCAGUUCUCCAGGCCCAGAGAUUUGGACCUCAUUGAGGCCACUCCACUGGAGACUCUGUCCCUUCAGACCCCUCCUCGCAUCCUCACCCUCAACGAACGGCCCCUUGACUUCCUAGAAUUGGAACGGCCCAGCACCCAGGCCAGUGAAGAGGUACGAUCCCAUGGCAGGUCACGUAGAGAGCGCUCGGUCAGUGAAAAUGCGGCUGUCCGUCACAAUGGCCAGCUUGCCAGAAAUGAUUCUCUUGGUGUGACUCCUUCCCCUCCCUCUGCUCUGCGUGCUGUAUCCACUCUGGCUGAGGGCGGUCAGAGUCUAUCCAGUGCCCGUGGCGUCCUCUCCUUCAUCCAGUCCACCACACGCCGGGCCUACCAGCAGGUACUCGAGGUUCUGGACGAGAACCAGCGCAGCAAGCCUUCUCUGAGAGGGGGUUCCACCUCCUCUAAUCUCCAGCAUGAUAACAGGUAUGCGCUGUCCACACUGGACACGACUAUGGAGGGUGGAGUAGACGACAUGGCUGUGGUUGAUGCUACUGCUUUGAGGAGACAGAUCAUCAAGCUGAACCGGCGCCUGCAGCUGCUGGAGGAAGAAAACAAAGAGAGGGCCAAGCGUGAAAUGAUCAUGUAUUCUGUUACUGUUGCAUUCUGGCUCAUCAACAGCUGGGUGUGGUUCCGCCGCUAAGGCAGCUCAGACUCCGCCCUGGGUGGGGGGCUUUAAGCAAAGCUCUUCCCGUCUGUUCCAAGUGUCAAAAGUUAGCCAAAUGUACUUAUUUUCUGCACUUGUCUCAAAGCUCAAACGCUCACCAGCCUCACUGUGUGCACAGGAGGGCAUUUGGAGGCAAAACUAUUUUUCCUUUUUCCCCUUCCUUUGUUACUCUCAACAUGUCUUUGUAAAUUAAUUUUUUAUUUUUACAUACUUCUUUGUCUUUUUUUUCUUUGAUUGUAAUGUUUUUAAAUAUAAUUCUGUUAGCACAGCUAGGCCCGGCAUGACCAAGAUGUACAUGUAUAUAUUUCCUCGUGUUACUUCAGGCAGGAAUUUUGCGGUUUAGGCAAGAGAGUUAAUCCCAAAGGCAGCAUCUAAGAAGACCAGGCAUUAUAUCCAUCAUACUUUUCAGUGUACAGUUGCUGAUCUUGGAAAUGUUUUGACUUUUGCAUAUUUAAAAGUGUGGUUAGUUAGAAAGACCACCUGAUCUUGGCUCAGCUCCUGCACUGAAUCACAUGAUAAAUAUGGACCCAGGAAAAUGGGACGCACUGAUAUUUCCACAGGGCUCUGAAGGCUGUCAGUAAUAGUGUUUAAGGAAUGUUGUUGAAGUAGAUAUAUAAUUAUGUAUGGAAAUAAAUCAUCUGUUUGCUGUUCAUGUAUUUUAGUGACUGUAUAAUAUAACUUGGCUUUGAGUUGUAAAUCAUAUUUGGCUGUGUGAUGUUUGCAUUGUCAUCUAAAGUAAAGAACAAAGAGGUCUGUCUUUUUGGGGGUUUAUUUUUGUCUUUUCAGGUAUCAUCUUGUCCUCCUCUGUGUUUGCUAAGGGUGCGAUUUGUCUUACCUGGAAAAUUAUGUUCGGAAUGGGAUGACCAACAAAUGGCCAUAUACACUGUACCAUAGUCAACUUUUAUUGGAAUAAACAGCAAUAGUAGCUAAAUA